UGAAUUAGUAUCUAAUAGAAGUUCAGAGUGAAAGCACGAUGAGUUUUACUAAUAAAGUAGUUAUUGUGACUGGAGCCAGCUCUGGUAUAGGCGCAGCGGUUGCUGUCGCAUUUAGUGCUGCUGGUGCGAAAGUGGUCAUUGUAGGCAGAAAUGAAAGCAAGCUAGCUUCCGUCGCUGCACGAUGCUCCAACCCUCUUGUGAUUCGUGGAGAUAUAACGAAGGAUGAAGACGUUCGAGCUGUUAUAGACGAAACCGUCAAAAAGUUCGAAAAACUGGACAUCUUAAUAAAUAACGCCGGACUUUCAAAAAUCGCAAGCAUCCUCAAAGGUGACAUGAUGACAGCUUACGACAGCAUCAUGGAUACUAACGUGCGAGCUUUAGUGCAGUUGACAACACUAGCGGCCCCUUAUUUACUGAAGACAAAGGGCAAUAUCGUUAAUAUAUCGAGCAUUGCUGCAGUACUGACACCAGUUUAUCCAGGAGCGAUAAAUUACUGCGUAUCAAAAGCUGCUGUGACUCAUUUUGGUGCAUGCGCUGCUGUGGAGUUGGCUCCCCAUGGCGUGAGAGUCAACACGGUGAGCCCCGGACCUGUCAAUACCGAUUUCAUAGAAAACACAAAAGCUCCAAUCACUUUGGACGAUCAUAAGAAAUACACCUGUCUGAAAAGAGUAUCAGAACCUGAAGAGAUAGCAGACUUAGUUCUAUUCUUAGCGAGUGAUAAAGCAAAGGGUAUCACAGGGUCGAAUUUCGUUUCAGAUAACGGUUCAAUUAUUAAACGUUAAACAAGUCAAAGUCAAGUCAAAUAAGUAGGCAAUAUGUAAUUGCCUACUUAUAACACAGAAAGUAAUAAAUCGUAGCUACGUAAAAUUA